AUGUCUGGCUUUGGCAGCGGCAGCUUUGGCGGCUUUGGCCAGAGCAACAGCCAACAGUCAACUGGCUUUGGCGGCUUCGGAGCCAACAACGCGACCAGCACCAGUACAGGCUUUGGAUCUGGUACUGCUACGAACAGCGCCUUUGGGUCUACCAACAAUACCAACACGAGUGGUGGCCUUUUUGGCAACACUACUGGUGCCUUUGGCGGUGGUGGCACCUCUUCAAGUGGUUUCGGUUCUAACACCAACACAACCUUCGGAGCCUCAAAACCUGCUUUCGGAGCUUCUACGUCUACUGGAGGCGGCCUUUUCGGCUCCAACAACAAUAAUAAUACCAACACUACUACCCCUUCUUCUGGGUUUGGAGGCUUUGGCGGGAAUGCAACUGCAAGUACGUCAUCUCCCUUUGGAGGAUCUGGCGGAAAUCUGUUCGGCGCCAGCAAGCCUGCCUUUGGCUCCACGACGAACAACACCACCACUGCCACCGGCACCACGUCCUUGUUCGGCGGAAACUCUGGCACCGGCUUCGGUGGCAACGCCGCCACCACUGGAGGCUUUGGCGCAUCUCUAAACCCGGGCAUCGGUUCAAAUGUUGGCGACCCUCCUGGCACGGCCAUCACACCGUUCCAAGCGCACCAGGAAAAGGAAACUGCCGGAGCUGGAAAUCAGUCAAACGCGUUCCAAAACAUUCUCUUCCAAGAACCGUACAAGAAAUGGUCUGCGGAAGAGUUGAGACUGGCUGACUACGCACAGGGACGCCGUCAUGGUAAUGCCAGCGGAGCAGGCGCCUUUGGUGUUUCCAACUUUGGCAGCACUGGCUUUGGUGCGACUAACCAGCAGUCUGCAGGUUUUGGAUCGGGUGCUUCGACCGGAGGUGGCUUGUUCGGCGGUGCCAACAACAACACGAGUGCGACGACGGCCACGACCACCGGUUUCGGCGGUGGUUCCGUUGGAGGGUUCGGAUCCGGAGGCGGUCUGUUCGGCAACCAGCCCAAGCCAGCUACUGGAGGCCUGUUCGGAGGCGGCAGCACGACAACAUCUCAGCCCGCUCAGUCGGGCGGGCUGUUUGGCACAGGUUCGGGGGGUGGAUUCGGUACCACAAACACGACCAGUGGAUUCGGGUCCACUAACAAUAAUGCUACCGGAGGAGGACUCUUUGGAUCGAACAAUACCGCUGCGAACCAAGCCAAACCCGGCGGCUUUAGUUUCGGCAACACCGGGGCCACGACCGGUGGAUUCGGAGCGAGUAACACGACCAGCGCAUUUGGUUCGAACAACACCACCAAUAAUACGGGCACUAGCGGCGGGUUAUUCGGCAACGCUGGCCAGUCCAAUGGAACUGGACUUUUUGGCAACAAUCAAGCCCAAAGUCAGCAGCAAGGAACUGGAUCAGUCUUUGGCGGAGGUGGGUUUGGCGCGCAGAAUCAGCAGCAAGCGGGCUCGUCUCUUUUCGGCAACCAGCAAAAGCCGGCCACGGGCGGCGGUGGUCUUUUCGGAGGAGGUGGAACGUCGACUACCGGCGGACUCUUUGGCGGUGGAGGCGCCCCUAACAACUCCUUCGGCGGAGCAGGCACGAACAACUCAAGUGGCGGUCUCUUUGGAUCCAAACCCGCUGCUACCGGUGGUCUGUUUGGAUCCAAUGCGGCAAGUCAAGGCACGAACGCUGGCGGGGGUCUGUUUGGCGGUAUGGGCACAAAUCCCCAGGCGCAACAGACAGGCCAAUCUUCUCUGUUCGGGGCCGCCGGUCAGAACCAGGCAAAGCCCGGUCUGUUUGGUACUUCACAGCCCGCUGGCAACAGCUUGUUUGGUGGACAGAACACCCAACAGCAAGGCUCUUUGUUUGGCGGCAAUAACGCACAGCAACAGCACCAAGGCUCUAUUCUCGGUGGCUCCAUCAUAGGCAAUACUCAAGGAAUCAACUCAGGCCCUCAGUCGCUGACAGCCAACAUCACUGAUGUUUCGGCCUUCGGGUCGCCGUCCUUGUUCUCCAAUCUCUCAGGUGCUGAGACGCCUAACCCAGGACCGUUGGCCACGCCCCUGUCUAACAAGUCAAAGCCGAGACGCAGCUCCAUCCUUCCGAUGUACAAACUAAACCCUGCCUCCGCUGCCCGCUUUGUCACCCCUCAGAAGCGUGGGUUCGGAUUCUCAUACAGCACAUACGGCACUCCUGGCGGUAGCCCAUCCAGCGCCGCUAGCACUCCGGGAGGAGCCAGCCGCAGCCUGUUGGGGUCGUCGAGCCUCAAUCGAAGCUUAAGCAAGAGCGUGUCGACUAGCAACCUGAGGAGAAGCUUCAAUGCUGAAGAUAGCAUCCUCGCGCCUGGCGCUUUCUCGGCUAGCUCUGGACCGCGCUACUACGGGAGCAAUGGCAGCGUCAAGAAGCUGAUAAUCAACAAAGACAUGCGUAGUGACCUAUUCUCUACGCCGACCAAGGACAAGCCGUCUGCAGAUCAACUCAAUGGGUCUCGGAAAUUGUCGAAGCGCGUAAGCUUUGACACCAGCAACGUGGAGGCUCCGGAGGCUGACGACGUUGAACCCACCAACGCCUCGACGCCCAGGAGUGUUCUUCCCCAAGACUUGACUACUGCUAGCAUCAGUGUCAACGGAUCAAAACCCCCUACCGGAGACGCGGAACAGGUCAAGGGCAAAGAACUCGCCAUCGUUCAUGAAGAAGACGUUUCGUCUCAGAUACCGGAAGUGGCCAACGAUGGUCUCGAUAAGGCCCCUGGCUCAUACUGGAUGAGUCCUACCAAAGAGACUAUCGCUGGCAUGACUAGAAUGCAGCGGCAGAGAGUUGGAAGCUUCACCGUGGGAAGAGAUAACGUUGGAUCUGUCAAGUUCAAACCCGAGGUUGAUUUGACCAACAUUGACCUCGAUGAAAUAUUCGGAGGGAUCGUCAUUCUCGAAACCCGGUCUGCGACUGUAUAUCCUAUCGCCGCCAAGAAACCUCCUGUUGGCAAGGGCUUGAAUGUGCCUGCUCUGAUCUCCUUGGAGCAGUCCUGGCCACGUGGUAGAGAGAAGCGCCCUGGCCAUGAUGUCAAGCGAGUUGCCAAGCAUGUCGAACGUCUCAGGCGCAUUGAGAACACCGCUUUCGAAGAGUACAACCCCGAUACUGGCGUUUGGAAAUUCUCGGUCGAGCACUUCACUACGUACGGUCUGGACUACGACGAGGACGAAGAAGAACCCGAACAGUCGGAUGACGUCUUGGUUCGCGACAACCAAAGGCACGGCGCCCUUCCCCAGCUACGUUCUCGUGACUCCGAGGCAAGCCCUGGGGAGAAUGACACAUUCGACUUUCGCAGAAACAAACGACGCGCUCUCCCUGGUGCUUUUGAAGAGAGGGAUGAAGAGUAUACGGGAGAAGAGCAUUAUGAUCUCACACGUCCGUUCCAACCCCAGUCUUUUUUAGAAGAUAGCUUCGCGGGUUCGACCUCGAACGCUCUGGUUCUCUCAACGGAAGAUGAACCGGUUGACGAGCAUGAUGUCGAAUAUGGUAUGUCUGAGGAAGAGGAUACGGCGGGAACUCACUUCAGACGCCAUCUUGCUGCGGAGCAGACAAUUGACUCGCCAGAUGGUGACAUGGUUGCCCCAGCCAGCGAAACUCCCGGAGGCAUUCUGCGAGCCAGAAUGCGAGCGCUGAAGGGUUCAGCCACUCCUAUCAAGCUGCAAGUUGCCGGAGGAGACGAAUGGAUGAAUAUGCUGCAAAGAUCCGUUAGCCCUCAGAAGAGAGACCGAACGUUCUUGCGAAGUGUGAAUGAGAUAGCAUCGCGAUCGCACGCGGCAGAAACAGAGAUGGGCCAAAAGGGGCGUGUUGUGUCAGACGGACGCGGUUUUGCGACCAGCAUCGAUUUGAUGAACUCGCUGUUUGAGAAGGCCAAGGCUCCCACCGCCGCGCCCUCGAGAGGAUUUGUUCAGGUUGGUGAAUACUUCAUGGUCUAG